AUGGCGCUUGUCGCGGCCGCAGCGCUGGCUGGUGGCAUGGCCUCCAGUAUGUACGUGGACGCCAAAUACCACUUUUCCAAGGACUUCAAGGCCCUCCGAAAUCGACGGACGAUGACCAAGGCAAUUGAAAACUCGAGCAAGACCAGUCGUGUUUCUCCGUACUAUUUCUUCGAAGAAUCGGUCCAGAAAAAUCCAUACGAGGAAGCUAUCUGGACACGAGGCGGCAGCGUGUCGUGGAAGACGACCUACGACCGAGCGAACCAGUAUGCGCAGCUUUUCCUGUCGCAAGGAGUAAAGCCAGGAGAUUUCGUGGCGAUCCUCAUGCAAAACUCGCCCGACUUUGCCUUCGCCUGGCUAGGACUGCUUGCGAUCGGCGCGGCGCCCGCUAUGAUCAACUACAACCUUGUAGGCAAAGCCCUCCUGGGCUGUAUCGAGACCAGCACGGCCAAGCUGGUACUUGUGGAUGGAACUCCCGAAAUCGCCGCCAAAUACAUGGAUGUACAAACCGAGUUGGAUCUCAAGGGGGUCAAGGUUAUCAAUAUUGGGGAGGAGAGGGAAAGAAUAUACCAGAUGGAUCCCAUCCGGCCGAGUGAUGAACUGAGGAAGAGUAUGACGCCUAGGGAUGCAAUGGGUUUGUUCUACACAAGCGGAACUACAGGUCUACCUAAGGCCGUCCUCUUGCCAGCUGCCGCAGCAGGUAGUCUCGUCUUGUCGAACGACCUCGGCCUCCACCCUACAACCGGCGCAAACGCAAGAUGCUACGUUUGCAUGCCGUAUUACCAUGGAACAGGUGGUAUCACCAUGUUAUCACAACUCUUGUCCGGAUACACAGUUUGCAUGGCGCCCAAGUUUAGCGUCUCGAACUUCUGGGAAGACGUCCGCGAUUCCCAGGCGACUUGGUUUAUCUACGUGGGCGAGACUCUCCGAUACCUUCUAGCCUCACCGCCCUCGCCGCGUGACAAAGACCACAACAUACAUGGUGUUUUCGGUAACGGCUGCCGGCCCGACGUAUGGAAACGGUUCCAAGAGAGAUUCGGCAUCGACACGAUCUGCGAGUUUUACAACAGCACCGAGGGCGCAUUGGGGCUUCGCAACCUCUCCCGGGGUGACUUCUUUGCUAAUGCUCUGGGCCACCACGGGCUUUUGCUCCGACUCAAGUAUAGAAACAUGGUGGUGCCUGUACAGAUUGACGCGGAGACCGGUAACAUCAUACGAGAUCCAAAGACCGGCCUCGCUUUACGCGCCUCGUACGAAGUCGGUGGUGAGAUCCUAGUCGAGCAUCCGGGAGAACGAGCGUUUCCGGGCUACUUCAACAACGAGGAGGCAACGAACAAGAAGUUUGUCCGCGACAUACUGAAGAAGGGAGAUUGUUUCUACCGGACUGGAGACUCGUUACGACGCGAUAGUGAGGGCAGAUGGUUCUUCCUAGAUCGUCUAGGAGACACGUAUCGUUGGAAAGGCGAGAACGUAUCGACUGCAGAAGUAUCAGAGGUUCUCGGUCACUAUCCGGGCGUCAACGAGGCCGUCGUAUACGGCGUCCAGCUUCCUGGACACGAUGGCAGAGCUGGCGCGGCAGCUCUUGCCAUCGCCCCAGACCAAAAAGGAUCUUUCAACUACGCCGAUUUUCUCCGUUACGCCCGCUCAAAGCUUCCGAGAUACGCCGUGCCGGCUUUCAUUCGAGUCUUGAACGAGGGAACGGCUUCACACAAUAAUAAGCAGAACAAGUUGCCGCUGAAGAAUGAGGGCGUUGAUCCAAGCAAGAUCCAAGGUGGUGAUCAAUUAUUGUGGAUCGAGAAGCACGGAAAAGGCAGCACAUAUGUGCCGUUCACGCAGGAUGACUGGAACAACCUCGGUUUGGGUAAGGCAAAGUUGUAG